AUGGGUUAAUCAUAAAUCACUGUUAUUGAUCCAAAUUAAAAUAACAAUUACUAAAGAUAAAACUCAGUCUAAGAAGUUGAGGAUUAAAUAAAGCGAGCAUUCAAAUAGGCUUCUAUUUAAGGAAGAUUAACGAGGGAUAAAUUUAAUGAAGCGCUAGGAAUAUUUGAAAGCCUGUAAUUGAAAAGGUUGAGAGACAGUCCUUUGGCUGAUAGACUAUUUUAGUUAUUAGAUAAGGUAAGAUAAGCAUAUAAGUUUAGAAUGAGGAAGGAUAUAUAACAGAAAGGGAAUAUUUGGAAGGCAUCACAACAUUAAUUAAUAACAAGGAUAAAAGGAUUUUGUGUAAAAUUGAUAUAUGGAUAAAGUAGAUUCUUUUUAGAUGAUCGACAAAAACAAGGAUAAUAAAAUAGAAUUCUAAGAGUUUUAUGAUUUUGUGAAGGAUAGUUGGUUGAGUGCUUUUAGAUUAUUGGGUGAAAAGGUAUGUUCAGGACAGAAUUAAUACCAAUUAACAUAAUCAAAAAUAAAUUCUUGGGCUUAAGGACAAUUAAACAAGCUUUACAAUUAUGUCUAAGAGAUCUUCAUGAGGUUUGCAUAAUAGAGUGUAUUCUAUAGUUUUAAUAUUAGUAAUCGAUGGACCCAAUAGUGUUUAAAUCUUGGGUGAUUAGCAAUGAUUUUGGAUUUAUCAAGGCAGAAUUGGGAAAUGAAUCAGUCUAGAUUCCUCUUCAUUUAUACAGGUUGGAAGAAAAAUGA